GAUGUUGGGCAGGUUUCUGGGCCCAUGCUACUGGGAAUUGGCCAAGAACUGGGUCCCCACAGCCAGCAUGUGGGGUGCUGUGGGUGGUGUGGGGCUCGUGUGGGCCACAGACUGGUGGCUAAUUCUGGAAUGGGUGCCUUACAUCAAUGGCAAGUUAAAGAAGGAUGAUUAGACAACCCCUCGCUACACACAGGAUCUCCCUGGGGCCACAUCCUGCUGCCCUCAGAAACAGCCCAGAAAUCGGAAGAGCAUUGUGUAGGGAAUGA